GAACGAGUGCUCAAGCAACUUAUAGCUUGAACUAGCAGACGUGUAAUGUUAAAUGCCACUAAUGCGUUUCAAUAGGGGUUCGAGUUAAAGUGCGACGGCCUCCGCCAAUCGGAGCAGAGAAUUGUAUCCGUGAGGUGGAACGUAAAGGACAAGCGUUGCCUCGGAAACGGUCCGGAAAAGCUGUUCCCUCUCAGAUUUUAAACUAGCGCUUUACUUCUGGCCGACUCGGCAGACAAGGAAACUGAAAAGGUAAAAAAUGGACUGGUUCCAUUGUAACCAGUGCUUCACAAAAAGAGGGUCCAAGUUUGCUGUUUCCAGCUGUGGCCACAUCUGCUGUGAAGCAUGCAUUAAAUCAAAGCUGUGCAGCAUAUGCGGGGCCACCUGCAGUUACCUGGCCAUCACUGAUGAGAUGAAGCCACAGGAAAAGGUGUUUUUCAAGGACCCUGUUAAACUCAUUCAGUCCAGGCUGGCACACAUAUCCCAGAUUGCAAAAUUUCAGCAUACGCAGAUGGAGAGAGUCACUGCGCACUUCAAGAACAAGUCUUCAGAGCUUGAGAGACGGCUGAAGGAAGUCACUGAGCAGAGUUACAGGCAACUCUCUGAGCUGAAAAGAGAGAACACAGACUUAAAAAAGCAGCUUCUGGAACUGAAAAGAGAAACCACAGAACUGAAAAAGCCACUCUCUCAGAGGAGGGUUUCUCCAGGGCAGUUUCAAACUAAUGGGGCUCAGAGGGUUUCACUUCCUGUGGCUGUUACCUCCCCAGUUACCCCUCAUUCAAGAGCUGUGAGUCUUGUAGGCUCAGCUGAAUCCCAGAGGUGGAGCAGAGACAGAGGUCCUAGUCUCGCCUUUGCCACUCCUGGAUCAGCCGCCUCCAUGUCCAGCUUUAGCUCUAUUCAUGAACGUGCAACACCCAUAUCCUUCAGCACUCCUACGAGAGCUCAGACUCCCGUUUUCCAGUUCCCAUUAAUGAAUAGACUGUUGGUCCCAUCACCCAGACAUUAAGUGGCCAUUUACGCCAGGG